AUUGUAAUUCUUCCCUCACGAAUUCCGUGGUCGGCGUGAUGACUAAUCCUCGCGGUAUGGCUCAAUUUUAAAUUGGAAAUGACGAAGCCCGCCUGCAGGUCCGCCAACAAAGAAAGGUAGCGAGGGGCCAUGGCGACGGCGGCGGAGCACUGCCCGCUGUACGGGGACGAGUCGCAGUGCCGCCUGUGGCUGCCGCCCACUCCCCGGCGGCAGGCGGAGGGGCCCCUGGCCCCGCAGGGCAUGCGCACGAGCCUGCGCAAGCUGGCCGAGGGCCGCCGUGCACGGAGGCUCACCUUCUUCCGCAACGGUGACCGCUUCGACCGGGGCCUGGCCUACGCCCUCUCGGCCGAGAAGGUGCGCUCCUUCGACGCCCUCCUCGAGGACCUCACCCGCAUCAUGGUGGAGCUGCCCAUGGGGGUGCGCUUUGUGUUCUCCCGGGACGGCCGGGACAAGGUGACGGGGCUGGAGCAGCUGCAGGAGGGUGGCGUGUACGUCUGCUCGUCGACGGACCACUUUGUGCGGCUGGAGUACGGCCGCCAGGGACCCCCCCGGCCCCAGUGGACCCUGGGCAGGGCCACCAGGGGCAUCCCGGGCUCGGCCAGGGCGCCCGCGCCGGGCAACGCUCAGGGUGGCAGGGGCUUCGUGCGCCCCAAGCUUGUCACGGUGAUUCGGAACGGGGUGCGUCCGCGCAAGGCGGUGCGGGUGCUACUAAACCACCGGACGGCUCGCUCCUUCGAGCAGGUGCUCGACGACAUCACCCAGCUGGUCAAGCUGGACUCGGGCGCCGUGCGCAAGGUCUUCACCCUCAAUGCGAAGCCCGUGACUUGCCUGGCGGAUCUGUUUGGCUCGGAGGACAUCUUCAUUGCCUACGGCCUGGAGAAGCACUCGCACGACGACUUCGACCUCGACUCUGAAGAGUGGAAGAGCCUAAACGGCACGGUCCGGACCUCCGGUCGCCAAGAGCAGCGCUGGAUCGCAAACGGCCGGACGUCGCCCGCGUCGGAAGGGUCGUCUGCCGCGAGCUUCCAGAGCUCGGGGUCCCUGUCGCCGACGCCAUUGCGGCCCGCCCAGGUGCGCCUGCCCGAGGCAGUGGCCCGGCUGUACUCGCUGUGCGAGCUGCUGGGGGAUGGAAACUUCGCCCAGGUGUUCCAGUGCGUCCACAGGGACACCGGCGUGGAAUACGCCCUCAAGGUAAUCGACAAGGACAAGUGCAAGGGAAAAGAGCAGAUGAUAGCCAAUGAGGUGGCCAUCCUUCGACGAGUCCAGCACCGCAACAUUGUCCGGCUCGUGGAGGAGUUUGACUUUGACUCGGAGCUUUACCUGGUCAUGGAAUUGGUCAAGGGCGGGGACCUGUUCGACGCCAUAGCGGCAGCCAGCAAGUUCCCGGAGGCGGAGGCGGGGCGGCUGGUCUGGCACCUGGCGGGGGCCCUGGCCUACCUGCACGCCCUGUCCAUCGUGCACCGGGACAUCAAGCCGGAAAACCUGCUGGUGGGCGGGGGCGGCCUGCUCAAGCUGGCCGACUUCGGCCUGGCCGUGCAGCUGCCUCCGGGGGGAGAGCGCCUUUUCACCGUCUGUGGCACCCCCACUUACGUGGCCCCCGAGAUCCUCGCUGAGACAGGGUAUGGCCUGGAGGUGGACGUUUGGGCCAUGGGGGUCAUCAUGUACAUCCUGCUGUGCGGCUUCCCGCCAUUUGUCAGCCAGUCGAGCAACCAGGACGAGCUGUUUGACCAGAUCCUCAGCGGGAGGUUCGAGUUCAUGUCUCCCUACUGGGACGGCAUCUCUGCGUCUGCAAAGGAGCUGAUUCGGGGGAUGCUGCAAGUGGAGGUCUGCGAGCGCUUCACGGCAGCACAAGUUCUUGGGCAUCCCUGGCUGGAACACAGGCAGGAGGAGGGCAGCGUGCGGACCUCCUGGCGCAUGGACCUGCACCUGGAGGAUCGGCCCCGGUCUGCCAUCGAGGCCAAGGGGGCUGCCUCUGCCACGUCCUGACAUUUUGGAGGGCAGCCUCGAAGCACUUCGGCGUGGACGUCCCCGAGGUGCAUCCCUUCGACAUACUGAAGGAACGAAGAAGGCGGCGAAACCCCGGAUAGAGUUAACACACACUAUUUACUGCGCACAAUUAACGGCGAGAUAACCGUCACACACAACGAAGAAUCUUCCACAAAGUCGAGGUCGCGGGAGGAACAACCGGGACGCCGCUGCCGCACGGCCGUCCCGCCAACCCGCAAGGUCAUCACGCACAAACAACCUUGUACAAACUAGGGUCGGUCUAAUGCAGUGCAACGAUCUGUGUCGUAACUAGUCAGAAGUGUCGCGAUAAACCACGCAACCUCUUUUUUUUAUUAUUAUUAUUUUAUCGAGGUUCUUUAAUCAGUUCCUUCUCUCGUUUCACGUCCGUUUCUAACUCAUUCGAGACUCACACUUAUUUCGCGGAGCACUCUUUUAACGUUUUAUGCACAUUGUUUUGUUCUGGAGGGACGUCGAUGACCCUGUUCGCUCGACCGCUCCUUCUUCGCAGAACCGACGCCGAAAUAUAUCGGCGUCAUUGGUGACGUAGUGCUAAGGUCUACUGGCAGCCAUCCAGAUCCGAAAACGACUUCCAGAGUCUUGCGCCGUUUCAUGUUGAUUUUAUUGCAGAUUUUAUUUUUGGGCAUUCGGGGAGUCGGCGAAGCUUGCACAGCGAAAAUUGUCGGCUAAAGAGGAGUGGUCCGGUAACUCUAUGCUUGACUAGGCCCAGUUCAGAUCUUGGGCGUCUUGUGGUGCUCUCUAACCGACCGGUUUUUAUUUUUUAAGUGCUCCCUGGGAUACAGUCUCGGGCAUUAACCGUAGGGGUCGGUUGUAAGACGUGGCGGUCGUUGUGAUAGCAAAGUGCUCGAACGGGAAGAAACGCACGCUCAACUUUUUUUAGGGUAUCCCGAAAGCACCGCGUUAGACUGAAUGUGGAUCCCGGCCCGACACGACGUCACGGCGGACCGACAUUACCGCUCGAACGCCGAGGAAAGAGUGAUGCGCAAGGAGUGUGUGGAGAUGCUGCAAAAACAGUUUAGACCGAGUUUCCACGCCUUGUUCUUUCAGUCGCGGUAGGUCAACACCAUUUCACCGAAAAUCAUGCCUUUGUGUCAAGUCCCGGUAUAUGGUUUCUGCGUUUCAAGCUUUGCCAUCACUUUUUAGUUAUAUGUGCACGAACGAAAGAUGUGCUCUUUAUUUACCACUGCAUAGCUGUGCUAGAUACGUUUUUUCCCGUUUCACAUUUUUCGGCUUUUAAAUGUGCUAUGUUUUUAGUUGUAGAUUUUUAAACAGUUUUACUAGGUGCCUUUACAGAUGCCAACGAACUGCACCAUUUAUUAAAGUUAAAAUCGUAAUUUCUUAUUAUUUCUGUUCGCACUUUUAACGCUGGAAAAGGAUGUUUUGGAAACCGUACGAAGCGUCGAGUGGCCACCGCGUAGACGUGAAAACUUGGAAAAGUGUCGUUACCCCAUGUGCAUGUUUUCUACCGAACGUCGACUGUAGAACAUUUGUCCACGCUCGUGGCUUCCGUCUCGGCUGCGCCGAGCUCAACGCCUCGACCACGUCCUGCGAAGAAAAACGCAUCCAUAGUUCUUGAAAUUGUUGCGAAAGAGUCGAGCGAUUUGUACAGUUCUAAUAAUAAUUAAGAUGAUUUUAUACUUACAAUAAAUAUGAGUUAGGUGAACUAUA